UGUUUUUUCCCGCAGUACCCGAACGCAGCAUUCACCACACCGGAUGUGACGUAUUUCUUCGCAGAUAAACAGAUUUAGCUAAAAAAGUUAGCCAUGGCAAGUGUUGAAGAGACUUCAAAUGAGCCCGCGGAGGUGAAAGAAGACAACGCGUUUGAUGUAGAAACCGAGGACCAGUUCGGAGGGGAUUAUGGAGUUGACCCCACUCAGUACAUGUUUUACAGAGACCGGAAGGAGUGGGCUGAUCUGGAGCCAGUUCCACAAGAUGAUGGACCAAACCCUGUAGUGAAGAUCGCCUACUCUGAGAAGUUUUCAGAUGUGUAUGACUACUUCCGUGCACUCCUGAAAAAAGAUGAACGAAGUGAGAGAGCUUUUGCACUGACUGCAGAGGCCAUCGAGCUGAACGCUGCUAAUUACACAGUAUGGCACUACAGGAGAGUCCUGCUGCAGGCGUUAUCCAAAGACCUGAGGGAGGAGAUGAGGUACAUCACCAACAUCAUUGAGGAGCAACCCAAGAACUACCAAGUCUGGCAUCACAGACGUAUGGUGGUGGAGUGGCUGGGUGACCCCUCAGAGGAACUGGAGUUCAUCGCACAAAUUCUCAGCCAAGAUGCAAAGAACUACCACGCGUGGCAGCACAGGCAGUGGGUCAUCCAGGAGUACAAGCUGUGGGACAAGGAGCUGGCGUUUGUGGAGAGUCUUUUGGAGGACGAUGUGAGAAACAACUCUGCGUGGAACCAGAGACAUUUUGUUAUUUCUCACACUACAGGAUUCUCAGAACCAGCUGUGGUGGAGCGAGAGACUCAGUAUUGUCUGAACCAGAUCAGGAAAGCUCCUCACAAUGAAAGUGUGUGGAAUUACCUGAAAGGGAUGCUGCAAGACAGAGGUCUCUCAUCUCAGCCAGGUCUGCUGGAAAAGGUCCUGGAGCUGAAAGAGACGCAUUGCUCACCUUAUCUUCUCGCUUUUCUGUUCGAUUGCUACGAGGACGCCUUAGAGAACGGCGUCCCGAAGGACAGUCUGGACCAAGGCUGUCAGGAAACUUUAGAAAAGGCUUUAGAGAUUUGCAAGCUUCUGGCGCAGGAAAAAGACACCAUUCGUAAGGAGUACUGGCAGUUUUUGGGACGUUCUUUGCAGGACAGAUACGGAGGCGAGGUUUCUCCUGGCGAUGCUACACCUACAGCUCCAGCGUCUGAACCCCAACAGAUCAGCUAGACCGCUGGGAGACUUCUCAGUCCCUCUGUCUUCUAGGCUUCGGCCACUCUUAUGAAGUUUGAUAUUCCUGUAAACCGUUGUGGAACUCAUGAGUGGUACAGAUACAGCAGUCCAGCUCUGGUGCCUCUGUUGAGGUUACGUCUCUGCUUACGACGUUCAGAAGUAAGCUUGGAAAUAGUUUUCUAUGAUCUGAUUGGAGGGAAUAAGCCUGUGUCUGACUGUAGAGCUGAAUACUUCUAACCAAGCUAAUGAAGUGGUACAGUUUGUAGUAUUUCUGUUGUUUGUAAGUUUAUUUUCCAUGAUAAUAAAGGAGUUGCAACUCUG